AUGCUCACAAGAAGAAGAAGAUACAACAACAGCACCAACAAACCCCCCACCUCGCCGCAGACCUCCGACCGCGCCAACCGCGUCCUGGCCCGCCUCCCGCGCUCUAUGCAGCGCUACACAACCGCCCUGCGCAAUGCCCCCGUCUCCCACGUCGCCGCCUUCCUGGUCCUGCACGAGCUGACCGCCAUCGUCCCGCUGUUCGCCCUGUUCGGCCUGUUCCACUACACGGACUAUGUGCCGCUUGACUACAUGCUGGGCCACUAUGGGGGCUACGUGCGGGACGGAAUGGCGCGGUUUGAGCGGUACUUUCGGCGGAAGGGCUGGUUUGGAUUUGAUGAACAGGAGGAGGGACGGCAGUUGGGCAAGGGGGAGGAGGGGGAGGAGCAGGAGACUGUCAUGGACCGGUGGGAGAGUCCGGAUGGCAAGUACAAGAUCGUCGUCGAGGUGGCGCUGGCUUAUGCGAUUACGAAGGCCCUACUGCCGGUACGAAUAGUGGGCAGCCUCUGGGCUACACCCUGGUUUGCUGGGUUGUUUGCCAGAAUACGAGGUGUUGCAUCCAGAAAAUAA